CCUUAUGACCGCUUGUAGUUGUCAACGCCGAUCAAUUUGCAUAAUGUCUAAUAAAGGAACUACUAAGAAAAUUGAACUUAAAGAUGAAGCUAAGACACGUACACGGUCAAAAUCAAAAAUUCUAUCAGGCAAGGAAGACAGUACAGAAACGUCGAAAAAAUUGGAGUCUAAUCUUUCAAGAAAAUCUCGUACUGUUGAGCAUAGAGGAGAUGGGGACAAAUCAAAACUAUUAAAGAAUUCCAUAACAAAUAGAACACAAUCAAUUAGAAGUACUAGUAAGCCAUCUACUGGAUCUUCUCAAGUUAAGACUGUCAAGCAAAGUUCUUCUUCAACAUUGAAAUCUAGUCCGCAUAAUGCUUCAUCUAGUCAUUUGUUAAAAAAGAGUACAAAUUCCAAGACGAAGUCUGAAAAUGCUAUUAAAUUGAGCGAUAAUAGUACAGUUAAAAAGAGGAAAUCCAGAGAGCAAACUGGAUAUUCAGAGAAAAGAGGUCUUAGCACUGUAUAUAUGCCAAAGCCAAUCGCGAGUAAGCUUAAAUCUAAUGAGAAGACUAUGCAUCGAACAUCAAGAGAUAAGGAAAAAUUGCAAGAUUCUUCUGAUCAAGUUAAACUACAACUAUUAACUAAAGAGCGUAGACAGUCUAGAACAUUGAGUCCCAGUGAGAUAAGAAUGCUGCAUAGUGCUGCAAAGAAACCAGAAGAAGCGGAGAAAAUAGACCAAAAGAAAAAUAUUACAACAGAUGCUCCUAAUUAUUCUGCACAAGCAGAUUCGGAUCAGGCAGACUACGAUUAUGAGGAUGAUUUUGAGGAUUAUGAAUCAGACUUUCAAGAAUGCACCGACAGUGAUACUUCGUUAAUUAGUGAAAAAUCAGAUAGCAGUAGAAGCAAUUCCCAUCUAGAACCCAUCGAACUACGUUCACAAGAAAAGAAAAGCGCGGAACAUGUAAAAGUGGAAGAGGAACGAAUGCUCGAUUCGGGACACUACGAUCUCGCGGAAGCGAGGAAACGGGCGGCACGAGUAGAAUCUAUACUCGCAAAUCAAUCCAACACACCGCCGUUACCUGAAUUAAGAGAGCCAGUUGGCAAAACGUUUAGUGAUGACAGACCAGUGGAAAAUAAAUCUUUGCCGUCGUCUACUGAUGAAGGUUUCGAGGAUAGUCGUUCCGGGGAUUUUACUAGAUCCCCGCCAUUAUCGCAAAUACCAUUUAUCGAUUUUCGUAAAUCGAAAGAAAACCAACGCGAAGAGAAUUUACAAAAACCUCGAGGCAGAGGUGAGGAAUUAUUAGAAAUGAUAAAACUGGAUUUUAUGGAAUGGUCACUUUUAGAAUGCAGUCCUAUACCUUAUGAUGAGUUUAUAAGAAAUUAUGGAAAAUUAAAUACUCAACAAGUAUUUACUCAAACUGGCGACGAUAAUAUGGAUAUCGAGAUACAAACGGAUGAAGUACAUAAUAAGAAUAAAUGGACGCAAUUCCCCGUAACUUGUAGAAAAGAAUUACAUGACAAACGGGAUAUAGAUUUAUUUAAAAUGGAACAAAAUGGUGUCGGAAAUGAUAUGGACGAAACAGACGAUAUAAAUCUUACAUCACGGCCAUCGUAUGACGUAUUACAAUUGAAUGAAUUUCUUAAUCGCGCGGGUGCAGUCGUCUUAUCGUUACUGGAAGAAAAAGAACACGGUGGUACCGUUUUUCAAAACAAUGUAGAUGAAUUAUUGUUUAGUGAUGGUUUCGUGAAGCUCUCAAUAGAUUCAGUGACAUUCUUAGCUACCAGACCGGUUAAGAUUAUACACUAUUCGAACAUUUCAAAUAAAAUUCUGCUCACUAUACAUGCUCCUGUAGAAGAGGAGAUAGAAACCAUAAGCAAACAAGAUUACAUCACCGAUUGUUGCAUCGGAUGUGUUUGGAAUAUUUCCGAACCUUCGAUGCCGAAAAAGUUAUUCUAUUCACAAUGCUCCAUUACUGCCUGUUGUUUUCAUUUAACGAAUUGCGACAUUGUGUUCGCCGGCCUGGAGGAUGGGUCAUUGAGCCUCUGGGAUCUGAAAGAUGAUGAAAUGUGGCAUCAAAAGAUUACAGAUAAUGAGUUGGACUGGGUGAUAAGAACCCCCACUUAUACAACAACAGGAAUUACAGAGUUAGAUGCACACACGUCGCAAGUUGUUGCGAUACGCGUGCAAUCUAAGAUUGAGACUACUUUUGUUAAAGAAAGAAGCAACAAAUUCGUUCCUAUCCAGAUAUGUAGUUUAGAUGAGGAUGGCUAUCUUAUAAUAUGGAGUAUUGUACAUAAUAUGGGUAUAAAUAUCGAUGACUUGGGCCUCUCUCACUGGGGCAACAUAAGACUUGUAAAGAAUCAGAAAAUGUCUCUGACAAGAAGAGAUAAGGAGAUAAUGAAUACGUUUAUUGAUAUGCAUGUGGAUAGCGCGAGUAUAAAUAAUAUUUAUGUUGUGACUAACAGCACCGAUGUUUUGCAUGCUACUUGUAUUGGUAACAAAACUAAUCCAUUAAUGUACAAACCAACUGAAAUAAGCGAAUGCGGUAGUUCAACUUGCAUCGAUGUUUGUCCUUUUGGUCAAUCAUUUUUCUGGAUCGGUUGUAACGAUGGAACGAUUCGACUUCAUUAUUUGAAUACAGAAAGACCGAUUGUACAACUAAAAAAUGAACAGUAUGCGGACAAAAUCAAAAUUUUGCAAUGGUCGAAAACGAAACCACUGACUGUAUAUAUCUUGGACAAUAAUUCUCGCAUUCAUGUAUGGGAUUUGAGUAAAAGUGACAUCUGCCCUGUAUAUACAUUGUCUAUGCAAAAAGGAGGAAAAAUAAGUAGCAUGCAGUUAUCUCCUUGCAUAAUGGAUCAAGAUAUGAUGAAUCAAUACUUGGCGCUUGGUACAGAAUCUGGGAACGUAGAGGUGCACAAAUUGAAAAAAGAUUUCUAUUAUUCGAAAAAAGAAGAAUUUUUAGAAGAAUUGAACGUGUUUUCGAAAUACGUCUCAAUUCCAUAAAUAAAAAUAAACAUAGACUCAUAAAGGAAGGUUUAUAUAAAAGGUCACCAGUAGAAAAAAUCGCUUAGAAUUACAAUUAUUAUUAAUACUUUUGAAGAAUUAGAUAGAUUCAUGGAUUUAUACUUCCAAUGUACACGUGCACUUAAAAUAUAGAUGAUUUAAAUAUUAAAUAUGUGGUAAGUAUUGAUGUAAAACAAGUUGAAAUUAACUUGUUUUUUUAAUUAAAUAUUUUUAACUUAAGGGACAAUCUCGUAUAUUUCGGAAUUAAAUAUUUUACAAUACAGUGUGUACUAAUUAUCUUUGGUAUAUCUAUCUUCUAACGAAAUUAAAUUUUUCUAAUAUGUGUACUGAAGCACCAUUUGGAAACAAUUAGAAUGUUGUACACUCUACAGAAGCUAGUUGAAUAGCAAGUGAGAUUUUUGCACAUAUCUUUAUCGUAAUUUCGUCCAGAAAAAAUAAAUACCGUCCAAUGUAGAUAAUAGUAUUUAUAACACAUUUAU